GAGCGACCAGUCUGGAAACAACUGACACCUUCUGUGUGCUUUUUCUUCCUGUUUAACAGGCAUUGCCUGGUAGUCCUGGGGCCAAAGGUGGACCUGGAGAUAAAGGUGAGCCUGGUCCCAGAGGUCAUGCUGGCAUGUCCGGUGCCCCUGGACCUUUGAGAGGUCAACCCCUGGACCUUUGGGCGAGCCUGGGGUUCCUGGUAUGGAAGGAGUUUCUGGUCCCAAGGGAGACCGAGGUCAGCGCGGUCCAGUGGCUCCACAAGGAAUAGUCGGAAAGGCUGGAAGCAAAGGAGAGAGAGGACCGAUGGGCGUUCCAGGUGCUCAAGGUCUGAGUGGAACCAAAGGAGACAAGGGCUUCCAAGGAAGAGGUGGACCCAAAGGAGACAUUGGAGACCCUGGUGUGGAGGGGCUGGCUGGUGAGAAAGGUGAAAAGGGUAUGUCUGGAGAACCUGGCCCUAAAGGACAGGUGAGUUGUUUGUUUGUGACAGGGUAUGUCUGGAGAAUCUGGCCCUAAAGGACAGGUGAGUUGUUUGUUUGUGACAGGGUAUGUCUGGAGAAUCUGGCCCUAAAGGACAGGUGAGUUGUGUAUGAUCAUGUGUUAAGUAAAUAUACACUUCAUGCACUUGUAUUCAGCCUAAAUUUGUUUGCAGCACAGAGUGAGGGGAGACCUUGGACAUAACGGUCCAACUGGAGACUGUGGGAGAUGUAGUGGCGAGGGAAUGGUUAGGGUUUUAUAGGAAGUACUGGAA